UUUCAGGUUAAUACGUUCAUAUCUUACAGGAAACCUUAGUGUCACAAGAAGUGAAUGAGGUCUGGGCUUUCACUCAAAGAGUAACUGUAAAGCUUAGAGCAAGUUUGCUUGAAAAUUGGUGCUAUAUAGUAAAACAUCUUUUUCUGUUCCCAUGAAGACAACAUUGAGAGGAGGAAAAAUAUUUCUGUUUUUCAUGUUUCUUUGUGAGAUAAGAACUGGAAGCCAGCAGCUUACGUACAACGCUUUAGAGGGGGAGCAUUAUAUUUUAAAUUUCCUAUGGAAAAAGAACCUGGACAAUACUGGAAACAACACCAGUUGGUACAAAAUGACAAAUUCAAAAGAGGUGGUUAAUAUUUCUUCGUUGAAAAAUAGCAGGAUUGUUGUAAAGCAGUCAUCUAUUGAAUUCUGGCCAGUGACUUCAAAUGAUUCUGGAAUCUACAGCUGUGUUAGAGGAAUGGAAACCUGUAUUAAUGCUACUCUAAAAGUCCAUCAGAGAAAACAAGACAAAUGCUAUUCUUCUUUAACACCAAGAAAGGAGAUAAUAGGAAAAUCAAUAGAUUUACUCGCUGACAAGUCUAAAAAAUAUACACAUGCAAACUACUCAAUAGUAUGGUACAAGAACUGUAAACUUUAUGAAAGUAAUAAGAAAAUUAUUCAUUUUGAUAGUUUAAAGCGUUCUGAUGCUGGUAUCUAUACGUUUGUGAUAACACUUACAUAUAAUGGAACAGAGUUCAACGUCUCUGGGUCAACUAAUUUAAUUUUGAGAGACCCAACAAACCCUAUUAAACCCUACAUCAAAGGAAUUGGCAAUAUUACAGUUCAUAUAGAGCUAGGUUCUAAUCAGUCACUGGAGUGUGAAGCAUUUAUUGGCUACAGUGGAAAUGCAGAGUGGCGAAAGCACUGGGUACAAAUGCACUGGGUACAAAUGAAUAAAAGUGGAGAUGGGACGUAUAAUGAAGAUGUCUUUGUGGAAGAGUGCAAUGAAAUCAGAAGUAUUACUUGCUUCACACGGCCAGUUAAUAAAGAAGACAACAUUGUGACCAUGACUACUACAUUAAAUAUAAUCAAUGCAAAUGAAAAGGAUAUAAAAAAUCCUUACAGAUGCGUUAUGUCAAAUCAUUAUGAAACUGAGAGCAAAUUUUUUAUUCUCAAAGAAAAAGAGAAAAGUCAUGAUAUUUCUAAGAACACAUUUACAAAAUCGAUCGCUGUUUCAAUCGGCUGCUCAUUUUCAAUUGUAAUAUUGGUCAUUGUCUGCCUUUUGUUCAAAAUAGACAUAAUUUUGCUAUUUCGCAAACUGUCAGGAAAGGAUGAGACCAUUGGAGAUAAGAAAGAGUAUGAUGCUUAUUUAGCCUUUCUAAAUCAUUCAACUACUGAUGAAGACCAUAGACACUUUGCAUUAGUGACCCUACCAAUGAUUCUGGAAAAUUACUUUGGUUAUAAAUUAUGCCUUUCUGAACGAGAGUUUAUUCCAGGAGGUGCAUUGGUUGAUGACAUGAAUAACUUUAUUGAGAAAAGCAGAAGACUGAUUUUAGUGUUGGGAAAGAGCAAAAUACAUGACGAUGCUUUUUAUGAACUUGAGACUGGAUUGCACAAAGCCAUGGUGGAAAGAAAGAUCAAGAUGAUUCUUAUAGAGUAUACUCCUCUCAGCAAACUGAAUGUUAUAUUAGACUCACUUCAGCUUCUUACAACAAAUAACAGGGUGACAUGGAAGGGGAAAAAGUCUCAUCCUUUGAAAUCCAGCUUUUGGAAAAAAAUCCAGUACUUAAUGCCAGUCAAACCUAUCAAACUAAAGGCUUCAUUUUCUACAGAUGAAAGUAGUAUGCAUCUUUUUGGUAUUAAACAGUGAUAAAAAAAAAUGUGUGGGUUACAAAUAAUAACAAAGUUAUAUUUUGUUAUUUGACAUUUAGGGGGUUA